AUGACUUUCAUAUUGUCCGUUAUUGCAGAGAGAAGAAGCCAGUGUUGUCAACUGGAAUUUUUGUUCAACUAUUAUUUAAGGAUGCUUUGGAAAUAUCAUAGGCAAUCAAAACUGGCAAAAGUAUGGGAGUCUGUUGUACGAGGGUUACAAAUAUACCCUUUCAGUUCAAAGCUUUACAAAUCUUUAGUGGAAAUCAGUAUGCUUCACACUGCAGCCAAUAAAUUACGGUGGAUAUUUGAUGAUUACUGUCACAAGAAACCAUCUGUGAUCAUUUGGCUCUUUGCAUUGUCAUUUGAGAUGAGCAGAGGAUAUUCCCAACAUCGAAUUCAUGGAUUAUUUGAAAGGGCGUUGGCGAAUGGCAGGUUGCACAACUCAGUAGUACUCUGGCGUUGCUACAUUGCGUACGAGAUAAAUGUAGUGUGCAACCCUUCUGCAGCUAGAAGAAUUUUCUUCCGAGCUAUCCAUGCAUGCCCCUGGUCGAAAAAGCUAUGGCUCGAUGGUUUCAUCAAGCUGAAUUCUGUGCUAACUGCAAAAGAGCUCUCAGAUCUCCAUGAAGUCAUGCGAGACAAGGAAAUAAACCUAAGGACAGAUAUUUAUGAGAUCCUUUUGCAAGAUGAGAUGGAGUCAUAGGUCAUGGCAAUAAUACCCAUCUUAUCAACAUUGAGUUUCUCUGUGCGUUUCCUGUGUUGUGCAUAGCUUCUCGCAAUUUUGCUUGAAUCGAUAAAAUAAUUUUGGGCCAAAUGUUGUACAUUUUGAUGUAAUUACUGUGUUUCAUCCUAUGUUGUAUAUGCUAUGGAAAUCAACUAAUGUUGAAUCCAUGUUCCGAAAUCUUAGAAAUUUAGGGAUUUCACCACUUCAAAAAUGAGAGUGGGGAUUCUCUUAAAUCAACUAACCUCUAGAAACAGA